AUGGAACCGUUAUUACACUGGUGGUUUCUUGUUUGUGAAAAAGUAUUGAAAAAAAAACAAAAAAAAAGAGUUGUGAAGCCCUUAGAAAAUCCCCUGAUGUCAAAAAAUUCCACUAGCUUAAAUUCGACUCACAUUGCUCUUCAUCCAGGACCUUUACAAUUCCAGCGUUUAGGCAACAAUUUCCUCUUCUAUUGCAGUAUUAUCUCAGUGUUUGAUGCUAGAUGGGACAUAUUGGUGAGUUAUGUAAUGAAUAGUCUCAUAUCAAAUUGGGAUUCCAAACUUCAGAGACUUGAUUACAUAAAGGUAAUGCUAAUAUCCGCCUACCUUUGUAGAUUCAUAGAUUGGCACAGCAGAGGUUACAAUAUUUUGUUGAUAUUUAUUUAUACGAUAAGAGUUAUGGGAUUAAUUCUUGGUGGAGGGCCAGCCAGCAUUAAACCUUACCAUAAUUACAUAUCCCUUCCUUUUAGAAUAAUUUGUAAUUGUUGCAGUGCAUUUAUCAUGAAGGACAAAUUUAUACUUUUCCAGGCUUGGAAUGAAUGCAGUUGUACUAAGAAGGGUGUGGUUGCAAUAUUCCAUCAUAAAUGCUGCAAAAGAGUUGGAUAA